AUGGUGCUCGACCCAUCAGAAAUUCAGAGUGAGAUCGCUCAGCUGGAGACCCGCCUCCAGGAAAUGCGGGCCCAACUCGACGCCUCUAUAUAUCCCAGCCCUCCUUCCUCCUACCCCGACAAUAAGAUUCCUUGGACAAUGCCUUCUAGCACUGCCUUCUAUAAUAAUAAAUUCCGCGCGGACGCCGUCCGUUCCUCAUCUCUACAUGCUCUCCUCCUCCUCUCUGAUUCCGCGCUACCACUGGGCUCAUUCGCAUACUCCAGCGGGCUGGAGUCCUACCUCGCACAUAAUAAGCCACUCCGCACCAACCCCGUCACAUCAUUCCACCGCUUCCUCAAACUCUCCAUCGCCUCUCUCGCAAGCACAUCACUUCCCUACGUGCUAGCAGGCUACCGGCAGCCCGAAGACCUAGAAACCCUUGAUAAUGACCUCGACGCAUCCACACCAUGCAUUGUCGCGCAACGAGCAAGCGUGGCCCAAGGCCGAGCUUUGAUGGGCGUAUGGGAGCGUGCGUUCCGAGUGAGCUUCGCACGACCCGGAGGCACCGAUGCCAGUGCCGACGUCGCUGUAUCAGCCAUCGAUGAUUUCUCUGAUGCGUUGAAAUCAACCUUUGACAAUGCAGAUGAGUUGGGCCCAAUGGGCCACUUUGCACCACUUUGGGGUGUAGUCUGCCGAGCCAUGGGUUUGGAUUUGCAACAAACAGCCUAUAUUUUCGUCUUGAACCAUGCCAAGGCUGUCCUCAGCGCUGCGGUGCGGGCCUCGGUGAUGGGUCCGUACCAAGCACAGAAUAUCCUGGCGAGCCAGAAAUUGCAGGAUACUAUUAUGUCGCGCAUUGAGCGCGAGUGGGAUACGGAGGUGGAUCAGGCUGGGCAGGUUGUCCCUGCGCUGGAUCUGUGGGUGGGCAGGCAUGAGCUUUUGUAUAGUAGGAUCUUUAACUCAUAA